AAAACCCGCUGUCGUAAACAAUCACAUGGAGGCAACAUGGCGACGUCAGUUUGCUGCAGAUUACUGUAGUUUUGUGGCGAUAGUCGAUAUUUGUCCACUUCUCUCGUGUUGUCAUCCGCAGAGAAAGUAACAGAGUGAAUGUUGUGGUGAAAAAGAAGAGUUGUUGUCAGACUGACAGAGACACACAACCUGUGUACUGUGUGUGUCUCUGUGUGUGUGUGUGUGUGUCUGCAUCAUGUUCGUGCUGGUGGAGAUGAUCGACACUGUCAGGAUUCCUCCCUGGAACUUCCAGCGACAACUGAACGAGGCCAUCGCCGAGGAGCUCAACAAGAAACUGGCCAACAAGGUCGUCUACAGUGUCGGUCUCUGCAUCUGCUUGUACGACAUCACUAAACUGGAUGAUUCCUACAUAUUCCCUGGAGACGGAGCCUCACACACCAAAGUUCAUUUCAGGUAUGUUGUUUUUCACCCUUUCCUCGAUGAGAUCCUGGUCGGCAAGAUCAAGUACUGCAGUCAGGAGGGAGUUCACGUGACGAUGGGCUUCUUCGACGACAUCCUCAUUCCGCCCGAGUCACUUCAACAACCUGCCAAGUUCGAUGAAGCAGAGCAGGUUUGGCUUUGGGAGUAUGAGACAGACGAGGGGGCCCACGACCUCUACAUGGACCAGGGAGAGGAGAUCCGCUUCCGUGUGACGGAUGAAGUCUUCGUGGAUACAUCGCCGACGGGCCCGGCCUCAGCAGAGCCAGAGACACCGGCUCAACCGGGACAGCCCACGGCGCCACCAGCAGAAGAUGGCGGGGUGAAGAAGGAGGCACCGUACACUCUGAUUGGAACCAUCUGUGAGCCGGGGCUGGGCCUCCUGUCGUGGUGGAACAAUUAACACGGCAGAGGAAGGAGAAGACACCUGGUGUGUUUAAAAAUGGACUCAUCGAAGAGACAAGGGACGUUCAGCGGGAGACACAGAACUCUGUCUGUCAAGAGACACAAAGUGGAGGUGCUCUGAACCAAGAUACACCUGCACUGUGACUGUCUCACUGAGACUGUUUAGUAAAUACUGAGCUCAAAACACCAGCUUCACGUUGACUUGUGAAACUGUUCAGUUGGUAUAAUUCACAUGAGGUUUUUACCCUGAAGUCAAAAAGAAGUCAAGAAGUGAGUUAUUAUAAAUGACAUCAUGACUUGAGUGUGACCAACAUACACGGAUCACUAAAUCUGACUGUUUCAGCUCAGCACAUUAUGCUGAAUACUCACAUAUACUCCUGGCGUCCACACUGCUCUGGAGUUUUAGAGCCGAUGAGCUAUUAUUACACUCACGUGCCCAGUGUACAUGAGCAGUCACAUGAUCAUCCACGCUUUCAAGUUUGAGUAUCGACAGGGAUUAAAACUGACACAGACAAAACGCUUGUGUGGCCAGAGAUCAUUAUAGUUGAGUUCAAAAAUGAGAGAAAUAAAACCGUUACAUAUUUCUUGAUAUGAAAUGAUUUGAUGGGCAGAGGUCUGACGCAUUUGAAUUUCAAAAUCAUUACAGCAAUGUUUUUUCUUCAGUGGGUUUCAUGUUUGUUACGUCAACCCCAGGUUUGUUUAAACAGCUUUGUAAUAUUCAGUAUUUAUCUCUUCAUCCCUCAGUAAAAAGGACGUAUCAUCAGCGUGA